CACCACCGCGCAUGCGCGUACAAUCUUCCAUGAUGCAAAUGUCACUGCGCCACCGACUCCAGCCUUUCCGAUACAACAAAAAAAAAAAAUGGCGGGCUGAAAGGGCGAAUUUACGCCAUCGUGUCGUGAACGAAACUGUUGCCUUCAUGUGUAGCAGGGCUCAGGGGGGAAAUACAUAAUAAUGAAAUAAAAACAGCGGCCGCCAUCCCUCCGUUAACCGUGAGCUUCCAGAAAGUUCGCACUGACCGCAGCACAGCAACGGAAAAAGAUGACGUCAAGUUCCCGAGCCCGUUCUCUCCCCUUCAGCCCAGAUUCACUCACCUCUCGCCGCGUACACACUAAACACGACCCGCUGACAAACGGCGCUGCGGAGGUUCUCGCGUUAAACGCGCGGAUUCGGCGGUAACGUGAACUUUGAGCGGGUUUGACACGUACCCAUCUUUACGGUGUUUCCAGCGGACGGGCGCCUUAUAAGCUCGGUGGGUCUCGGCCGGUCACGUGACGCCCCCUCGGCCAAUCGGCGCCGCGCUCCUGUGUUUUGCCAGGCUUCUCUCGGAGAGGACGGAACGAGCGGCUGCGAUGUUUUCAAACCCGGAGACGAACGUCACGCUGCCGUAGGCUACGGUUACCGUCCGACAUCCAGGGAAUAUCUGCUCGCCCACAGUCGAAUGAGGCGGCGGCAACGCGAAACCCCGGUUGAAGGUGCAUGAUGACCUUACUGUGCUGUAGCUGUCACAGCUAGUCAGGUGCCGCACCAUGGCCAAACCUGGGAGCGACAGAGAUGGAGCCAUGGUGGAUAAGCAGGCGGGGAAGAAGAGCAAAGAUAAGUUGUCCCCUUUCACCAAAACUCCAAAGCUGGACCGGAGUGAGUUGCUGGGGAAAGAAGGGAAAGCCAAGUCUUCCAUGAAGCGCAAGCUCUCCUUCACUAACAGUCCGCCCCGGACAGAGGAGCGAGACUCAGACACUGAUGACUCAGACCCAGGCCAGUCGAGUGAGACCUGGGGAGAGAGAUUAGUGCCUCCCUGCAGGAUAUACGCAGAUAAAGAUGGACCAGACAAGAAGAAGGUGAAAAAGGAGGCUGGGGGCAAGAAGUCCCAGGCUCCCAACCUUUUGUUUGGGUAUCCUCUGUCAGAGCGCAAACAGAUGGCUCUCCUGAUGCAGAUGACUGCCAACAGUCCAGACUCUACACCCAGUCACCCCUCUCAAACGACCCCUGUGCAGAAGAAAGUCCCCAGCAGUGCCUCAUCCCGACAGAAGGACAAGGUCAACAAGAGGAACGAGCGAGGGGAGACGCCCCUCCACAUGGCAGCCAUCCGGGGCGACGCCAAGCAAGUUAAAGAGCUCAUUAGCCUGGGAGCUGAUGUCAACGUCAAAGACUUUGCAGGUUGGACUCCUCUUCAUGAAGCCUGUAAUCUCGGUUACUACGACGUGGCUAAGGUCUUAAUAGCAGCAGGUGCAGAAGUGAACACGCAGGGUCUGGAUGACGACACACCGUUACACGAUGCUUCCAGCAGCGGACAUAAAGAUAUUGUAAAACUGCUGCUACGUCACGGUGGAAACGCCUUCCAGGCCAACAAGCGUGGGGAGCGCCCGGUGGACGUGGCUGACUCCCAGGAGCUGGAGCAACUAUUAAAGGGAGAGAUUCCACUGUCGGACCAAGAUGACAGCUCCUCAGAGUCUGAAGACCCACCAUCAGUUAAUCCAUCUAGUGUAGAUGACAACAUGGAAGACUCCGAUACUGAAAAGGACUCCGAUGGCAAACCGGUCAUGAAAGCGUCAUCAUCCGUGCCAGGGCUGGAUGAGUAUGAGUUCAAAGACGAGGAAGAGGAGGAGGAUCUCAGUAAAGCCCUGAACGACAGACACAUCCUCCGGAGGGAACUCCGGCAGCGGGAGAAGGAGGACACCGAUAGGAAUCAUGUGGCAGGAAAGCCGAGUGGCAAGGGGGAUUCCUCCUCCAAGCCGAAAAAGCAGAAGGCUUCUCGAGUCCAUUGCAGUUCGGAUACCUCCAGCGAUGAAAUGGAAAGCCUAUCAGAGAAGAGGAACUCGCCCACCUGCUCCCAGAGCUCAGAGAGCCUCAAGGCAGACACGAGAUCUAAGAAGGAAAAUGCUGAGCAAAAGGACAAGGGGAAAGUUAAGAGGAAGAGUAAGAGUCAGAAUAAAAACAAGGAAAACCAGGAGGAUGGUAAAGAGAACAGCAAAACUUUGGUCCUCUCCCUCGCAACCGUGUCCGAGAGCACGGAAAAGGGUCGAGAGGAAGACUCCUUCAAGAUGUCCUUCAGUCCGAAAGAUGACUCGUCCGUCCACCUCUUCCAUUUAUCAUCCAUCAAAUCACCUAAACUGAACCACAGUCUGGCAGAUAAACAGACGCCACUCAAACAGGAAAAUACUAAGAUGUGCGUUUCCAUCAGUGACAGCUCAUGUCCGGUGGACGCCGUCAAGUACAACCACUACACAGACGCAGACUACUGCACUGAAGGCUCCAGCACCAAGGGGUGCAAGCACAAAGAGAAGAGCAAGCAUCAACAGAAAGAGUCGAGUGUAGAUGGGGAUGAUGGUCAUUCCAGUCCUUACAAAGACAGCAGCAUAGGAAACAGUAUAGACAGCUCUGAAGGUGCCUUACGGAAGACCGACUUAGACGGCAAGGUAGUGAAGAAGCAUAAACUUAAACACAAGGAGAAAGACAAACACAGGAGGGAAUAUGAGGCGGAGCGGAGCCGCCACAGGCAAAAAGAGGCCAGGAAAGACAGCCACAGGAAUUUGGAGUUUGACAGAGAGUUCUGGAAAGAAAAUUUUUUCAAAAGUGAUGAGACGGAUGAACCUCUGCCAGUGAAAAAGGAAGGUGAAGACACCAGUUCGCUUCAGAAGACCUCUGAUUCUUCUCCUGUCAAAGAUGAGAGAAAUGCAAAGGAGAAACACUCCAGCAGUAAAGAGAAGAGGCCCAGAGAGGAGCGAGAAAAAGACAAAGCCGUGAAAAGAGAGCGGAAGGAGGCGACUGGUAAAGAGGAGAAGGUAAAGGAUUCGAAGCUGAGUGAGCGUGACGAGAGGGUGGACUGCCACGGCUCAGGGCGGAUUCCUGAGGAGUCGCUGCAGAGCAACAGCAUGAAAGAAGAGACAGAGGAGAAACCCAUAAGUGGGAUCACAGCUGAUCAAGAACAGCUGGAGCCCUCUGAGAAAAGCUCACGCGAAAAAACUGACAAGAGGCUCCCGGGAAAGGAGAAGGAUUCUGAAAAAAGGCAUCCUGACAAGGAAAAAAAGGUUAAAGCGGAGCAUUCCGACAAAGCUGAACCACAGAAUUCAGUGGAUCGUUGGAAGGAUAAAGAAAGAACAGGAGCCGUUCCUUCCCACUCGCCUGGAGAUAAAAACUACAAAGAGAAUGAAAAACUAAAAUCUUUAUCAGCAAUAAAAAAGCAUGAAGACAGCAGGAAAAACAAAGAUAAGUUUGAUAAGCGGUCCGAUAGGGAGCGGCAGGACAGAGAGCAUAGUGUCGGGGAUCACAGAGAAAAGGAUCGCACAAACUCUGAUAAGAAAGGCAAACCUCUGGAGAAGAACACAGAUCAUAAAUCUGACCGCUCCAAAGACAAGGACUGCGACCGGAAGAAGAGAGAUAAAGUAAAAGAUGGAGCCCUUUCCUCAAGCUCCAAUCUGAAAUUACUUUUGGAAGAGAAGAAGAGCUAUCUGUCUGAGAGCAGCAAGUCCGCAAAAUCAAAGGAGGAGGUUGUGAGAACACCAGAAAAGGAUCGCGACCGAAGGGACCGUGAGAGAGACUCAGAGAGACACAAGGAUAAAGACCGGCACAAAGACCGCUCCCAGCAGGCCAAGAUCAACAGAGUCAAACCCAAUGAGAUGGAUGUAGAUAAGGCCAAGUCGAAAGCCUCGCCAGCAACACGAGACGUCAAGCCAAAGGAAAAGAGGCUUGUGAAUGACGACUUGAUGCAGACCAGCUUCGAGCGCAUGCUCAGCCUGAAAGACCAGGAAAUUGAGCAGUGGCACCGGAAACAUCUGGAGAAAAUCAAACAGAAAGAGCGCGAAAGACUCAAACAUCGACCUCUGGCAGACCCGGGGAAGCCAAGACCAAAAGACAGGACGAAGACUGAACCAUGUUUGAGCAAAGAGCUAAUGCGCUCGAAGAGCUCUGAAGCUUCCGACCUCCACAGCAGAGACAAACCGCUGAAGGACGGCGCCAGCCCCAGAACGGUUUCGCUGGAUGGAAAAACUCUGCCCUCCAUUGGUGCAAAGGUCAUGUCAGCCGUGGAAAACUGUCUGACCAGAUCACCCAGACCUGAGAGCGAACGCUGUGGCCUCAUGUCCAGGUCUGUGUCCUUAGUCUCUGUCGCCAGCUCAGAGGAUUCAUGUCAGGCGACAACACUAACGCCGAGACAAGCUGAAUACGACUCCGACAUGAACCUGGAAGCAUCAGACUCACAACCUGCAUUCCUACAGUCUUCCCUCGUCAUUCAGGCCACCAGAUCGCCAUCCGUUCACGAUAAGGAUUGCAACAGUCUUCCUGAUGUGCUCCAAAGUAACCGGACGCUGCUGUCCAGCAGACAUGAAUCUCCCUACCUCAGGGCUAUUCUGGAUGAGGACGCCAACUCCUCGACUGAAGGUAAAGCUGGUGAAAAUCUGCCAAAACCCAGUCUGCCCGUUGAGGAGUUGAAAACCAGAGAGACCUCAGCAGAAACAGAAGAGAACCUCAGUAGUCAGCAACAUUUGAAUUCAGUGGGUGAUUCAGUCACCGAGAGAGAAGGUAGCACUCCCAGCUGCUUGACACCACAGAUGUCAAACAAAGAUCAUCUGAAUAAAAACCUGAAUCAACAGUCCGGCCUCUCACAGUGUGGUGGCUCUCAACCCGCGUCAACUGAGCAGAAAGCUCUUCCUUCUGAACCUUCUACAGUGAAGGACGUCCCAUGUGUGAUGGAUAAUUCACAGGUAGACUGUGGUGACAAGGAAUCUGAUCACCCACCAGGACCUACAGCUUCUGUAUCUGCUGAAACAUCAGCACCUGCAAACACAAAAACCCCCCAGCAGAGAGAACCGCUCCCAUCGUCAGGUGUGGAGAGCCAACAGCAAACAGAAACGGUUACCACACAGCUUCCUGAGCACAGAGAGAAACCUCUCGAGAACGCUGAUGGACCAGAACCAGAGAGCAUGGAAAUAAUUCCUGAAAGCUUCAGAGCAGAAGCGAUGGAAAGUCCUGAACCGUCCACCAGCUCUCACACUCCCACCUCCACUGCAGGGGAGUCUUUGCCAGGUUGUAUUAAAACGAACACUGAGUCCCAAUGUUCUCAAGAGGAUAUGGAGGCAAAUAACCAUGACUGUAAAAAAUCCAAACCUUCCAGUGACAAUGCAAAUCCAUGUGUCGAUGUUCAGACAGAAAUAAAAGACAGCAUGCCCUGUGCGAGCCCUGAACGCAGGGACGAGGAGACGACUGAUGUCCCGCAGAGUUCAGAGAACAGCAGCGCUGCUGUUUCUGUCACAGACGGUUCUUCAGCCGAGGGCAGCGUGGCCACCGAGAGCUCGUCUGAAUCCAAGGCAGAGUGCUCGUCCGAGCCGAUGGAGGUGACGCCCGCUGACGAGAAACCCGAGUCUUCAGAUGGAGAAGAGACGAGUCAGAGCAGCGUCCAGCAGGGAGGUCAGACCGACGUCAGCAGCUACACCUCAGGGAGCUCAUCUCCACAGUCUGGAGACCGGGAUUCGGAUUCUUCAGGGGCUAGGAUCAAGGUUCGCUCCACAGACGAGGACAUGGACGUCCAUGUUCCCCAUCCACGCAAGAGGAAGAUGCCCAAAGUGCCGAACUCUCCGCCGUGCUCCACCAGUCAGCAGGAGAGGGGUCAUCAGUCUCUGGCCGCCAUCGUGGACUCUGUGAAGCUGGAGGAGAUCGAACCCUACCAGACUGAGAGGGCCAACCCUUACUACGAGUUCCUGCACAUCAGGAAGAAGAUCGAGGAGAAGCGCAAAGUGUUGUGCAGUGUCACCCCCCAACCGCCGCAGUAUUAUGAUGAAUAUGUGACCUUCAACGGAUCCUACCUCUUAGAUGGGAACCCAUUCAGCAAGCUCUGUAUCCCAACAAUAACUCCGCCUCCAUCGUUACCUGAGCAGCUGAAGGAGAUGUUCAAACAACAAGAGGUCGUCCGCAUGAAACUGAGACUUCAACACAGCAUCGAACGGGAGAAGCUGAUUGUUUCUAACGAGCAGGAAGUCUUGCGGGUCCAUUACCGGGCGGCAAGAACACUCGCCAAUCAGACUCUGCCUUUCAGUGCCUGUACAGUUUUACUGGAUGCUGAAGUGUACAACAUGCCGCAGGACGUCCAGAACGAAGACGGUAAAACUUCAGUAAGAGACAGAUUCAACGCGCGACAGUUUAUGUCCUGGUUACAAGACGUUGACGACAAGUUUGAUAAACUGAAGACGUGUCUCCUGAUGAGGCAACAGCACGAGGCGGCGGCCCUGAACGCCGUGCAGCGCCUGGAGUGGCAGCUCAAACUGCAGGAGCUGGACCCGGCCACCUACAAGUCCACCAGCAUCUUCGAGAUCCCCGAGUUCUACAUCCCACUCGUGGAGGUCAACGACGACUUUGACCUCACCCCGAUAUGAACCAUGGGACGGGCGUACUUUGCCAAAGUGGUGGCCACGUCGCGGACACGAGCGGCGGCCCGAGCAUUCGAGGACGAGGAAAGCACUUAGAAUGUGGCGGCAAAACAGAAGAGCACUUAGAAAAGAGACGUUUUUACUCCAGAGCUCUUAAGAGUCCAAACCGGCACGCCCACCACGAGGACGGGGGAACGUGGACCGACCAGGAGGGGGUGGGGGAGGGGCCCAGGGAGUAGAGACCAAACGCUGGGCCAGGAGCUGCAGCGAGAGGCGGAAGUGUGGACGACGACCACCGGCUCCUCAUCACGCAGGGUCACACAGCUGAAAGAUUUCAAUUGUUUCAAAGUGAGUGUUCAUACAUUGUGUACAGAUUGUGCUCUUAAUUUUUUAACUUAUUUUAUACAUAAAAAUGUGCAUUUGUAAAUAGCCAUGUAAUUAUUGUUUUAAACUUGUAAAAACAAAAAAUAAUAGAUAUUUUGAUUGUAAACUCGUUCUGUCUCAUGUUUCAAUGGACCAAAGUUGGUUUUUAUAUUGAGUGUCCUCUUCGUCCGUGAUGUUCUUGUUGUUGUUGGCUUAAAACAUUAAGCAUGUGUUGGCUUUUGUUGUGUUCUUUUGUUUUUACUGUUUCUUCCUUCCUCAUCUGGAGUUCCACGCCACAGCUGGUGUUUUUUGACUUUGGCAAUUAAAUGCUGUGCAUGCGUUG